CCUAAGCACAGUUUACCAAAGGAAAUAAUAAAUUUUUAUUAAAAAAGACCUUACGUGCAUCGAACCCGCGACAGGUGCUCGAGUUUGUUAAAUAAUUAAAUGGUGAUUACAGACCAACCAAUGUCUACAGCUCUGUUAUCACAUUAGUUCAUCGUAUCGAGGCGUGCGUACGUGUGUUUGGUGGAAGAAUUUUUCCCGCGUUAAUUUGACAGACACAGAGUAGAUAAUAUAGAAAGAUAUAUACGAACAAUAGGUCCUAAGUGAUCUGUGAAAUAGUGGUCAGUGCCUUCAGUGUGAACUUGUGUAAAAUAAUCAUUAUAUUAUUUGAUACGGAGUAGGGAUAGAUAUGGUCUAAGAUAAUGGCGACGACAACAAUGGUUGUUUCUCCACUGGCAUCUCAAACUCCACCUAAGAAUAAGAGAAGAUUGUUUGCCGAAGCUCGCCAGAACAGCUUACAAAAGUUGAGCGUGAUCUUUGAUCAUGGUAACAAAAACAGCAAUGGUGGCGAAACGACAUGGUGUUUCAGCCAGGUAAAAGGCACCCUAGAAGAUGACGUCACCGAGGCCGACCUCAUAUCCUGCGUGGAGUUCAAUUACGAUGGUGAAUUGCUCGCGACGGGUGACAAGGGCGGCCGAGUUGUUAUUUUUCAGAGAGAUCCAGCGUCAAAGCAAUGUGUACCGAAGAAGGGGGAGUACAAUGUUUAUUCCACAUUUCAAUCACACGAGCCUGAGUUUGACUAUCUGAAGUCAUUAGAGAUUGAAGAGAAAAUUAACAAGAUAAGAUGGCUCAAAAGGAAAAAUCAGGCACACUUCUUGCUUUCCACUAAUGAUAAGACUAUUAAAUUAUGGAAGGUCUCAGAGCGUGACAAGCGCGUGACGGGGUACAACACCCGCGAGGAGGGCGGACGACCGCGCGACCCGGCGCGGGUCACUCAGCUGCGAGUACCCACCGUGCGACCCGCUGACCUCAUGGUGGAGGCCUCCCCCAGACGGAUAUUCGCGAAUGCACACACGUACCACAUAAAUUCAAUAUCGCUCAAUUCGGACCAGGAGACGUAUCUGUCUGCGGACGACCUGCGCAUCAACCUGUGGCACCUCGAGAUCACCGACCAGAGCUUCAACAUAGUGGACAUCAAGCCCGCUAACAUGGAGGAGCUAACUGAGGUGAUCACUGCAGCGGAGUUUCAUCCGACUGAAUGCAAUCUCUUUGUAUAUUCUAGUAGUAAGGGUACAAUAAGGCUAUGCGACAUGCGUGCGGCCGCCCUGUGCGACCGACACGCGAAGCUGUUCGAGGAGCCGGAGGACCCACAUGCCAGGUCCUUCUUCUCCGAGAUCAUAUCUUCUAUUAGUGAUGUCAAACUUAGCAACUCUGGCAGAUAUAUGAUGUCAAGAGAUUAUUUAGGAUUAAAAGUAUGGGACCUUAGAAUGGAAACCAAACCUGUAGAAACAUAUCCAGUACAUGAGUACCUCAGAUCAAAGCUGUGCUCACUGUAUGAGAACGACUGUAUAUUCGACAAGUUCGAGUGUUGUUGGAGUGGGGACGACCAGCGACUCAUGACCGGCUCAUACAAUGGAUUCUUUAGGAUAUUUGAACGAGGCGGUGGCGGCGGUGGCGGCGGCAGUCGUCGCGGCGAACUGACUCUGGAGGCGUCGCGGGAGGCCGCCAGCCGGCCGCGACAACCGCUGAGAGUGCGGCGCGUGGCCACCACCACCAAGAGGAAGAAGGAUGAAAUAAGUGUGGACUGUUUGGACUUCAACAAGAAGAUCCUUCACACCGCCUGGCACCCGCACGAGAGUAUCAUCGCCGUGGCCGCCACCAACAAUCUCUUCAUCUUCCAGGACAAGUUCUAGCACAUCAACUAUAUGCUCAUCACCGACAGCUCAUCACCUACCUGUAUUGAGUAUGAUCACGUUGAUUGAGGUGAUUAAGGUUAAGAUUCAGUUUACAAUACAUACACAAGCGAUCUAAAAUAAGGACUUUUUACCAUUGUUUACUGGCUUCAUUGUUGAUUAACCACUAAGUUUUGAACACAAACUUACAAAAUACAUUGAUUUUAAAUAGAGAGUUAAUAAAUAUACAAAUUAAAUUUGUAACUAAAAUUUAUGAACGAUACCAAUUAUGUAAGAGCACUCGGACAGAACCGUAGAGGUUAGGGGUUUGAGUCCUGCAUUGUUCAUAAAUUUUGGUAACAAUUUGUAUAAUUCAUCCCAGAAUUAUCACUUUACGAAUACCAAAUUUUUUAGAGUUAAUUCAAUUAUUAGAAUUAGUUGCUUCCACAAUAUUUGUUUUUCUAAAUACGAGGUUUGUGAGUUUACAAAAAAAUCCAUUAAGUCGUAAAUAGGGACCGGAUACUUUGAUGUGUUGAAUAAUUUUUGAGAUUUUAUAGUUUUUAGUUAUCAAGUAGAUCCCACCGCUGUUAUAACACAAAUUGGAUUUUAAUUAAAAUAUAUAAUUAGCUAACCGUUUGAGUUGCCUCAGUUGGUAAGAGCUCUAUCGGACCCGAGAGGUCGCGGGUUCGAGUCCCACAUCGUUCAUAAAUUUUGGUUACAAUUUGUAUAGUUAACCAGAAGUGAGGGAUGAUAUCAAUUUUAAAAUAACAUAUUGUUUAACUGAAUUUGUUUGUGAUUUCCUCCGAUAUCUGUCUGACUGACGGCUAAUGAGAAAACAUCAGAAUUAUUUCUAAAAUUAAUGCUUCAAUAAAUCAAGUUGUGUAAUAGAAUUGUUGUGUUCAAGACUUACGUAGUUACAUCCAAUGAUUUGAAUAUGUACCUAUACUUUGUUGUUUUAGCAAGCUUUUAAAAUUCACUCCAAUUUAGUUUAGAUCUUUCAUUAAAUUAUUACAUUUCUGCUAGUAGAAUUUUUCAUGCAGAUUGAAUAAGUUAUUAAACAAAUCCUAACUUUCGAAUAUUGUGAGAUUAGAAAUUAAUUGAAUUUACUGGAGUGAUUUCUGGUAUUGUAAAAACUAGCUCAGAUUAUAAUUGUGAAUCCCAAACAAUAGGGUAAUAUGCAUAUAAUUUAAAUAUAUUUUCAAAUUUUUAAUAUACUUUAGAAUGCCUACAGUAAUCAAUAUUUUUUAGAAUGAUAUUAUUUUUUAAAAGUUCUGGGAUACAACAUUUUACAAACAAUGUCGAAGACAUAUCUUAACAGCUAACUUGAAUUAUUUCUGCGGUAAAUAUUUUUUAUUCUUAUAAAGCGAUUAAACUUAUAUAUGCAUAUUACCCAUUACUAUUAAAACAUCGGUUUAUACUGAUUGUUACUGUUUUAUGGGCAAAUAAUUCCAGUUCAAAUCAGGAAUGCAAACUGAGUGUUCCGUUAGCCGUUGCCAUAAAAAUUUAAAGUGAAGCUUUCUUAUUCCCUAUUAAAGCUGGAAAUAUAGGCUUUUCCAAAUUUAAAAAAAAAAAAACUAGAAAUGUCAUGAGUGACUCGUUUUGAUCCAGUUAGUACAUCCAUUCUAUCCUUGUCGCAGUUAUUUUUGUUCUCAAUAAUAUUUCAAACCUAUAAUCUAUUGCUGUCUCUUUUUGUCAGUUGAUGUCACAGCUGGUUAAGUUUAGUCAAGUUAAUCCUCGCAAGUUGCGUCUUGCUAUUCAUACAAUACAUAUUACCAUUUUUUCCCUAAUAAUCCAUUGAAAUGAACGUCUUUAUAAGAUUUAAUGAUUAGUUUAAAAGGGUCCUUAUAAUAAAAUUUGUGGAUAAUUUAAACAGUUCGUAAUAAUUAUCUAUAAAUAUUUAAUCAAAAACCAGACAGCAAAUAGGCUAGCAUUCUAUAAAACUAACCAACGUAGAGUACAUAUUGCCCACAUUAAUAAUAAAUUUUUGUACAUUUUGCGUCCAAGCCGUGCCCAGAAAUGGUCGUAGAAACAUGCUUUAAUGUAGUUUUAAUGAUUCAUAGAAUGAUAUUAUAUCCGAUAUUGACUGAUUGAAGAACGAAUCGUAUCUCAACUAUAUAAUAAAAGUGUAAUUUUGCUAAGCACGAAUAUAAUAUUUUUAUACCUCAAUCUAAGCACUAUAAUGGGUUAGCUAUGGGAUUUUAUCUAUAUCAACCAAAUUAAAAUACAUUUGAUAGCAGAUUUGGUGAUCUUAAGUGUAUUCAAAGUUUUGUUUGCCAUUUUUUUUUACAAGUGACGGUAGUUUUAAAAGUAUUUCUUUCACAAAAGACUGAGUUACGCCGUACAACGCCUUUGAAUGGAGUAUUUUAGAUAAUUCCCAAAAAUAUCACUGCGCGUAUCUUAUUUAUUUUGAAAAAUAACGUUUACAUCAAAAUAUUGAAUGGCCAAAGACACAAAAAAACAACAACAAAACCACGUUAUCAAUAGAAUUUCAAACAUUUUUAAAUAUUAUUAUAUUUGAAUUGUAACGGUUUUGUAUGCCCAGUGCAAGUUAGUCAUACUUAACAUUUCCUCUCUUAAAUUUUUUGGCAGGUAUUUUCAUUUACCUUUUAGUGUCAAAUAAACGUCGUAUGAAUUUCAAAACUUCAAAAACAAAGCAGUGUUAGCACGAAAAUAUCAUGACAUGACGGUUACUAGGGUAAUGAAACUGCAAACCGUACUGACGCAACAGGACGAGCGAGGUCAGCGAGAUAAUGUGGCCGUGUAGUAUAUUUUGCGAUAUGUUUCCAUGGCUACUAAAGCACUUAUACAAACGAUUGUACACCUAAUUCUAUAAAAUCAAUAAGUUACCGAAUAUCGACUAUGUUGCGGGCUUUGGAUGAACAUUUUAUGUGUUGGCACUGUUGCAAGCGUCGUGACAGAGAGUUGACUGGCUAAAUAAACGCUAAAUAAAUGAUUUGAUUUGAUUUAUCAUUAUUGUGGAAACUAAGUAUAUGACUAAAAUUGAGUUACUGUUUAAAUUCGUAUGACAGGCGCAUACACAUGAUUCGAUUUUUUAUUGAAAAAUAAUAAAAAAAAUGAAUAUGCAUAUAUAUAUGCCUUAUAAAGCGUUGUACGGCAGAAUUUUGUCAUAAACACCUAUAAAUACACUUCUUGUUAAAUAUAGAGGAUAACAUGAUGGUAUUUUGAAAAUGUAUUAUGAUUGGGUCUGGGAUGUGGUAUCUAAUGGUGUAUGUAUGAUGGUACAUAUCCUUACACUAUUAUUGUAGUAAGUUUAAUUCAAUAAAGUUCAGAAUGCAUAUUUUGUCUACUUUAUGAAAUAGCUAGUUAACUUCAAAACUUUAAAUAAUUCACAGAUGAAUCCAGACGUGUCGCGACAAUAUGGCCGCAGCAUAAGUUAAAACUAUUUUGUAAACAAAAUCUUUAAGUAUUGGUUACUAUACAUGCAUUAACGGUGAAUUUGCUAAAUAAAUAGUGUGAAUAUAGAUAUGUCACUUCACACUAUACUGGAGUGAGAUAAGUUUAUUUUACUUCAUGUUGCUGAAAAACCAUGCUAUAAAAAUCAUUGGAAUUAUUACUUCAGACAGUUUGGAUAUUUACCAUCAUCUUUGUGUAGAGUGGAAAACCAUAGUUUAAAAAUACUAUUGUUAUAACUUUUUAACGUCACAGAAUAUGUAUACUAAGCCGAGAUUAGCUAGAAAUAUUGUAAUACAAUUUUAAGCCGAUAAGGAACGUAUCACAUAAGCGUAUCAUAAACCUAAUUGAGCUUAUCUCUUUCACUCGUAAGAGAGGAUUAAGAGAGAUAAGUUUGUCUAUGAAUAUAUUAUGUUGGUUGUUUUCUCUUUGACGAGAGUUCGAAACUAUUUGUGGUGAUUUAUAAAUGAAUUCGGUUUUUUGUUUGUUUUAACAGUGAGCUGUUUUAGAAUCCAAAACGUUUUUUAGUUCGCUACGUCUUUUGGCUUGACGUCAUUAUAUUUAAUAGUUAAAUGAUGUUUUCGUGCCUUCAGUCGUAUUAGUAUCGUUGUUACACGCGUACAAAGCGCUUAAUACAAAGGACCGACGACGUUUUAUUGCUCCGGCUCGAGAGCCAAACACGUGGAACCGAUUUGGGUCCGUGAAAUUCCUAAAUACGAGGACCGGUUCGCGCGCUUUCAGAGCAUCGUGCGGUCCUACCCGAAAAGAAACCCCUUCUUGGGAACGCCGUUCCCUAUCUUUGCUCCUUCCAGUUGCCGAUUUGACCCACAUUUUAUUAAUCACACUUUAGUUUUGUGCCUCGAAAUAGUGGUGGUUUACUAAUCCUGUGUGAAAAGUGCCCUACAGUCUCAUUGACUGACGCAGUACGGUUUCAUAGGAGUAGUUGCAUUACGACGCAGAUGAUAUCAAAUAACCAAUACCAAAAAAAAGUAACUCGUAUAUAAAACUGUUUUCCCGAUCAAAUAUAAUCGGCAGCUGCCAACUUUCAUAAAACGUAACCUCGCUUUUACAAAAGCUACCUUUACGAUGAAUAUCAUUAAAUUCUGAAUUUUAUCUUACAGAAGUGCUAAAUUUCCAAUGUUUAUGGCGAGGGCGUGAUGUUAUUACGUCAUACGGGCCGUUUGAUAUAUUAAUAUGAUGCGAAAACGAAAAUGAUGGUAAUUGAAAUGAUGUUUUGGGUUCUAGAAUGUCUCGCAACGUAUACGUAACAGUGAACUGUCGACGCAGGUCCCGUGCCUUAUCGCUACUAGUUAUUUGUUAGUUGUUUUAUUUAUUGCUUUCUAUUUUAAAUAUUGUGUAACGAUUUUUUGUUAUUUUUAGGGAUUUUAGUGCUACCCUCUUCUGUCGAACGUUUCCAUUAAGUAUAAUUUGAGGGUAGAAUGAUAAAUUUGUUGUUUUAUGUAAGAGUUAGAUGCAUAGUUACUCGAACAAAUUAAACAUUCGUACUCUGGGAUUGAUUGGGCAUAUUUACUUAUUAUACGAUAUAACCAUCUCGUUGUGAUUUCAUUAAUUUUGUAACUUAACAUAGUUGUAGUUUGAGAAUUUAAAAAAAUGUAAAUAAGCGAUCGGUUGGUUGGUUGGUUGAUUAAAGGCCUGCAGUAAUCGUCACAAUUUGUAUUAUUGAAUGUACAGUUAAUUAUUAUACAAGUUUGUACUCGUUGAAAAUUAUGUUCUUCGGUAUUCAUUAUGAAUUUUUAAGUCCUUUUUUUGUAUAAUUUUAAGAUUAGUCGCGUGAUUGGACGCCGUGUGUGCGCGGUGCGUCGCGACGCGUGUAGCGCGCGCGAUGCGUUUCGAUCGUUUUGUAAUUUAGUUUUUAUUUUCUAGUUCAGUGAGGGCGCACAAUCAAUUCCUAGCGCCUGGCUUGAUUGCUGCUACGAAUAUAGUGAUAUACGUGUGAUAAUUUACGUGAAACAUUAUUAAUUAUGCAUUCGCAGCCGUUGUAUUGCUUUGAAAGCAAUGACAGGAAUUGAAUGUGACUCCCGUGUAAAAGUAACGUGAGUUUGUGGAUCAGAGUGGACGUGUGCCUGCGAUGCAUGUUAGUGUAAGUCUAGGUAUAGUUAGGCGAAAAUUGUGAAUGGCGAAAUGUUAUUAUUCUCUCGCAUGGCAUAUUGUAAACUUAUAAAAGUCCGACGAAAAAUUGGCUCUAAGAAAUGGACAUUUCUCCCAUGGCAAUGUAAUACCAAUUAGAGGCAAAUCUUGACUAACUAUACUAUUAUAAUUCUGCAUUUGAAGCAAAGUUUUAGAUUUUUAUACGGAAUUGUUACAGUGUUGUUUAAAUAAAAUUUCAUGGGCCAAGUGAACAAGGUGAAUUCUAAACUGUAGUACAAUAUGAAAGCAUGUCGUGUCUUAUUGUUGAAGGAACAACUCGGCAGUUGUUUGACGUACGUUUAAUUUGGUUUUAUCAUUGCUUUGUGUCUUUUAAAUGUAUAUGAACACUCGCAAAAGUGCCUAUAAACACAGUUAUUAAUUAAUUUGAUUAUAUGCAUAGUUACUUCACUUGGUCUGUGAAAAUAAUGUCGGAAUGUGCCGUAUUUAUGUGAUAUAAUGAGUAUUAUUACUCGUUUGUAGACAACGAAUCAUUGUGAGCGCGCGAGACCUCUAUGAAUACGUUCAAUAUCGCGAUGCGCUCUUGUUUGAAAUACGUUCAAUUAACAGUCUCGAUCCUGCUGUGUGCUCUCAAAGUAAUAGUAAUGGACGAAUGAAAACUAUCAUUGUAAUAAAAACAUUCUGCAGAAUAAAAGUAUCAAAAUUG